AUGCCGCCCCGUGCAUUCGCAGGGAUCAAUGAUGGGGGCCCGGCCGCCUUCUACUGGGGGCUCCCACCCAUGACGCGCCUCCUCCUCACCUGCUUCCUUGUCACCGGACUGGGCGCGCUGGUGGGCGUGCUGCCCUACACCCACAUGUACCUGGACUGGCACUACCUCCUCCGGGUCCCGCCCCAGGUCUGGCGCCUGCUCCUCAACUUCACCUUCAUUGGCUCGCCCAGCUUUGGCUACCUCAUCCGCCUGAUCUGGCUAGUACAGUACGGUGGGCAGUACGAGCGCGCCAAGUUUGCGCACAGCGCGGCCGACGCGGCCACCAUGCUCCUCUUCGGCAUGGCCUCCCUGCUCCUGCUGGACCUGGCCCUUCCCCCCGCCCGCAUCGGCUUCCAUGGCCUGUCCCUCCUCUACAUGCUGGUCUACGCCUGGAGCAGGGCCAACCCCACCGCCCAGGUCUCCUUCAUGGGCUUGCUCACCCUGCCAGGCCUCUACCUGCCGGGGGUCUUCGUGGCCAUGGACCUGCUCCAGGGCCAGUCUGUGGCGGCCCCGCUGCUCGGCAUCGCGGCGGGACACCUCGCCCGAGCCAUCAGCAGGUGGGGCCUGGGCGCAGUUCCCAUCCAGCAGGUCAACCCGGUCAACCCCAGCGACCACGCUUUCCGUGCUUUCACGGGCUCUGGACGACGACUGGCUGGCUGA